AUGAAGCUCACUAAGAUUUUUGGAAUCAGCUUGGCGUCAUUCGCUAUGUACUCAGACCUUGUGCUAGCCAAAUGGCCCGAUCAGUCUUUGUACGGACCUCGACAGAUUGUGGCUGAAACGCAAAAUCUGGCUGCCACCAAUACAACCGGGGAAUGCCAUGAUCAAACCUUAUCGAUGAUUGGUUCUGUCCUCUCUUAUAAGGUUGACGUUGACACCAUGGAGACCUACUUGUUAGAGGGCAUGUCUCUUUUGAAAACCUUACUAAAUGGCAAGAAGCAGUUUAAUGCCCUGGACCUCAUGGAUAUUGCUGCGACCCAGAUCCACUGGUUCCCACCCGCGGGCCUCGACUUAUCCGACAUUUCGUUUGCUAAUCAGUUUGCACAAGUGAAAACUAUCUACUACUCGUCGCCAAUUUUGCGUCACACUCAUGACUGGGUCGUUUAUGUGGCUAAAGCGUCUGCUCAAAGCGCACAGUGGAAUAAACUUUCACAGUGUGCAGUCGAGGUAUUUAAAGAUUUGGAAUCGACGACGCCAGCUGUCCACAAUCUUUUCCACGAGAUUGUACGCGUGCUGACGGCUCCCGAGGUACUCAAGCUAUUGGGCAACUUGAAAAAUCAAUUGACCAAGGCUACUCCUAAUUGUGUUAAGCUUCAAGAUACUCGCAUAAGCAAGAAGAGCGCGGCUAUCAAUGCAGUCGUUGACGCACGCGCGAAAGCAGCAUCCAAUGUUCCUUCCUGCAUUGUUGAUCUCACUGCCCCCAAGCCUGGCAAUGUUCCCGUAUUGUUCCAGCAACGCACUGUUAUCUUCAACGUGAAGCAUCCAAACCACUCGAACUAUUCAGCUCCUGUUAUAAUCAAAGAUGACGAGUCUUCCGCGAUCACAUCGUAUCGCGUACCACCGUGGUCUAUUAUGGGAGCUGUGAUAGUAAUUAUUAGCGGUGUGACUCUCUUCUGA